AUGGCGGUCGACAAGACUACGUUCGCUCUCGCAAGAAUGCUCAGCAGCGAGCUCGUCACCCUCCAGUCGGCCAAGACGGCCGUCUUCUGGUACCUCAUCUUGCGCAACUUCGUCCGCGCCGUGCGACACCUGCGCGCUCGCGGCCUCCUCACGGCCGCCCGCGAGGCCUACCUCGUCCUCGUGCGCAAGGGCUUCGCGUGCAUGCUCCUCCUGCCCUCGGUCCGCAACAAGGUCCAGGGCGAGCUCGACCAGGUCACCCUCGACCUCGCCAGCAAGCUCGCGCCCAAGUUCCCCGACGCCCCGACCUACACCGCUCUCCCCGACAAGGGCCUCACCGCCGCCGACGUCUCGGCUGCACUCGCCAAGCUGAGCGACCUCCCGAGGACCGAGUGGGAGGGCGGACGCGUCUCGGGUGCAGUGUAUCACGGCGGCAAGGACAUGGGCGACAUCUGGCGAGACGCCUUCUCUCGGUUCGAGGUGUCGAACCCGCUUCAUGCCGACGUCUUCCCCGGUGUGCGCAAGAUGGACUCGGAGGUCGUCUCAAUGUGUCUGUCGAUGUAUCGCGCGCCCCUGCCGGCGUCCGUCAUCGACGACGGCGGCGCCGGCACGACCACGAGCGGCGGCACCGAGAGCAUCCUCAUGGCGUGCAAGGCGUACCGCGACCGUGCGAGGGCAGAGUUUGGCAUCACCGAGCCCGAGAUGAUCGUGCCAGUUUCAGUUCACGCCGCGUUCGGCAAGGCGGCCAUGUACUUUGGCAUCAAGAUUCACCACAUCCCGGUCGACAAGAAGACGCGCCAGGUCCAGAUCGCCAAGGUCCGUCGCGCCAUCAACGCCAACACGAUCCUGCUCGUCGGCUCGGCGCCCAACUUCCCCGACGGCGCCAUCGACGACAUCAGCGCCCUGUCGGACCUCGCCGUCAAGUACCGCCUCGGCCUGCACGUCGACUGCUGCCUCGGCUCGUUCCUCGUCCCGUUCCUCGAGCGUGCCGGGUACCCGACCGUGCCGUUCGACUUUCGCGUCCCGGGCGUCACGUCCAUCUCGUGUGACACGCACAAGUACGGCUUCAGCCCCAAGGGUUCGAGCUGCAUCAUGUACCGGUCCAAGUCGAUCCGCAAGUACGCCUACUCGGUCACGACGACCUGGCCCGGCGGCGUGUACGCGACGCCGUCCAUGUCGGGCUCUCGCCCGGGCGCCCUCAUCGCCGGCGCGUGGGCGUCGCUCGUCCACAUGGGCAUCGACGGCUACACGCAGUCGUGCCGCGAGAUCGUCGGCGCCGCCAAGCGCAUCGCCGACGGCGUCCGCAAGGACUUUGCCGGCGACUUGUACGUCCUCGGCGACCCGCUCGUGAGCGUUGUGGCGUUCGGGAGCGUCACCGAGGGGCAGGGCAACGGCAAGGGGUGCGCGCCGAUCUACGAGGUCGGCGACCGCAUGAGCAAGAUGGGCUGGCACCUCAACGCCCUGCAGGACCCGCCGGCGCUCCACAUCGCCUGCACCCGCCUCACCGUGCCCGCCGUCGACGACUUUUUGCGCGACCUGCGCCUCGCCGUCGACGAGGUCAAGGCGCUCGAGGAGCCGGGCAAAGGCAGCAUGGUCAUGCUCUAUGGGCUCGGGACGGGCAGCGCGGUUGGCGGGCAGCUCAUCGGCGAGAUGGCGACUCGCUACAUGGACGUCCUGUACGCCUAGUUUGUGUAGCUCUCUGUCUCUCUCUCUCUCUUCUGUGCACCUGUAUUUCCUUCAGAUCCUG